AUGAAAUACUGUACUGAAGCUUUUGACGCUUUAAUAAAAGGCUUCAUCGUGCUAAAUUCCAACGGCUGGGUGCUCGAGAAGCAGUCUGCCGACGGUGCCACUGUUCACAGCAAGACACUCGACGGCGGGGACAAAGUGUUCAAGUUGACGUUGGCAGAGUGGGGGAACUGGGGUGUGCUAUGUCUCGUUGCAACCGGAGCUGAUCGUGAUGUCUCACUAUGUGCUCCUGGAAGGCUGCAAGCUCAAACAUUUGCCACCUCCUACAACCAACGACGACACCUUGGAUCGACACAGUGUUCCGACCGAAAGUACGAGCCCACACGUGGGAGCCCAGGUGUUGAUAAGGCUGUGUGUAUGGGCAGUAUGACGGCUGAGUCGAGCACUGUAGGUCGAAGAGAGUGCAGAGUCUGCACUCAUGUAAAAGUUUUGCCAGACUACGUCCGUUUACAGCAACGAAGCAGUAGGUUGCGAGGAAGCUGGAUAAGCAAUACCCCAGUUGUAGAUAUUUUAAUUAUUUGGGCAAAAUGUGAAGACGGCAAGUUACGAGGAUUCAUUGUGGAAAGGAAUGGAGCUAAAGGAUUGGCAACACCCAAAAUAGAAGGCAAAUUCUCACUUCGGGCAUCUGCUACAGGAAUGAUUUUCUUAGAUGAAGUUGAAGUUCCAGAGGAAAACGUUCUUCCUGGUGUGACCAGUUUCAAAGGAUCUUUUACCUGUCUUAGUAAUGCUCGUUAUGGUAUUGGUUGGGGAGCCCUGGGUGCAGCAGAGUUUUGCUUAGCAGAAGCACGUCGAUAUACACUAGAGCGUCACCAGUUUGGACGGCCUUUAGCAGCCACCCAGCUCAUUCAGAAGAAAUUAGCAGAUAUGCUUACAGAAAUAUCAAUAGGUCUUCAAGCAUGUCUUCAUGUGGGUCGCCUGAAGGAUAAGAAUUUGUGUACUCCAGAAAUGAUAUCAAUACUGAAAUGUAAUUCCUGUGGAAAAGCUUUGGACAUUGCACGCACUGCCCGUGACAUGUUGGGUGGGAAUGGCAUUUCUGAUGAAUAUCAUAUUAUUAGACAUGUUCUGAAUCUGGAAUCAGUCAAUACAUAUGAAGGUACUCACGAUAUCCAUGCUCUCAUUCUUGGGAGAGCUAUAACUGGAAUACAAGCAUUUAGCUAAAAACUGGACUAAAUAUUGUGUUGCUACUGAAUAUUUAUGCAUUGCUGUAUUUUCUGAGGUUGUACCAAAAGUGCCAAUUUGUGUCAUGAAUGGUGAAAGUUUGUGAUCGUCCUCCAACAUGGAAAAACUCCAGUGAGAAUCCAUACUGUCUCAAAAUCAGUGUACAGGUAUGCAAUACACAUGGAGCAUAGUAUCAGAAGAUGCAACACAGACAUUUGUGCACAAGUUUUGGAAUAAUGAGUGUCCUGUAGCUUUAAGUAAUGAACAUCUAGUCUGUAACUAUGAAUCUAAUACUGAAGACUGCAGAUUAUGAUAUUUUCUGUACACCAAAGUUGCUGCGGUAUUGUAUAAACUAAAAAUGCUUUCAUGAUGCAUUUGUUAAUAAAUAAUUUUUAUUUUUACUCAA